CAUUUCUCUUGAUCUCUACAAAUAAUUUGUGAACAAAAUAAAUUAAAGAUGGAGGGAAGUUCUUCGAAGGGAAAGGCGAUUCAAGUGGGGAAGGGGAAAGAGGAGGUGAAGUAUCGCGGCGUGAGGAGACGGCCGUGGGGGAAAUACGCGGCGGAGAUUCGCGAUCCGACGCGGCAAGGGGCGAGGCAGUGGCUCGGAACUUAUGAUUCGCCGGAGGACGCCGCCAGGGCUUAUGACCGGGCGGCAUUUAAGCUAAGGGGCCAUCUUGCGAUCUUGAAUUUCCCUAACGAGUAUUAUUCUCAGCUCCCUAACCCUCCUUGCUACUACCCCUCGCUUACUCGCCCCGGCGGUGGCUCCGAGAAGGGCGGCGGCGGCUCGCCCACCGGAAAAUCGAAAGAGGUUUUCGAGAUUGAGUAUGAAGACGGCCUGUUGGAGAGGCUUCUAGAAGGAGACGAUUAGAAGAUCAGAGAGUUGAUGAAAUUAAGGUUUAUGUUCUGUAACAUAGUACUCCGUCCUCUACUACUUUUUCUACCUUUAACUUUCAUGUUCUUCUUUUUUCAUGGCAUUUUGCUGGUUAGAUUUUAUCUUUUUUGUUUCUAUAUUUGGGGAAUGGCUUUCCAGUUCUCCCAUAAGUAGAAACUCGAUCGAGCUUAAUUGCCCAAUCUGCUUCUCAUCUCUGGUUUGUUUGGUACAACAUUGUUAUCACCAAACCCUUUUCUUCUGCUCUUUUUUUUUUUUUUUUUGGGAAGAUUAAU